AUGACCGAUAUAGCGAAGAAAGUCCUUAUAUCUGGCGGCACAGGCUUUGUAGGCUCGGCCAUAGUGCGAGCUCUUGCAGAAAAACACCCAAAUUUUAUCAUCGUCGUCAUCGACCAAAGUCCCCCGCGGUCCGAGCACGUCCUACCAGAGAGGACUACGUGCAUGCAGGUGGAUAUUACUUCAGCUAAAACAUUGAGCAAAUUAUUCGAGGCUUUGAAGCCAGAUGUCCUUGGACACACUGCUGGAAUCGUCCCAGAUCUGGCCGAUCGGUUCGGCCGCCGACUUGAACAGGAGGUAUGGAAGAUCAACUUUGAAGGCACACGGAAUAUGCUGGACGUGUCCGAGCCUAGUGGGGUUGAGAUCUUCAUAUAUACGAGCAGUUGCUGCGUGGUGAUCGACGAUGCGCGUACCGCUCAUCCUAACAUCAAUGAAGAAUGGCCUUCGGCAUUUAGGUCAACCAUUUAUGGAGAGUCCAAGGCUGCUGCAGAAGCACUCGUUCUAAAGGCCGCGAGCAGCAAAAUAGUGACAUGUGCCCUCCGGCCAUCGGUGCUUUGCGGACCAGGAGACUACCAGCUAGUACCAGCUAUUCACGCAUGCAUCGCCAAAUAUGAGACCCCUUUUUUGAUCGGAAAUGGCUUCAAUCUGUGGGAUAUCACCCAUGUCGACAAUGCCGCAGAUGCCCAUGGAGAAUCUGUUGUCAUCCCGCACCGCUGCAGGCGAAAUAACGAGCCUAUUGUCUUCCGUGAUUUUUGUCUGGAAAUCUGGGCGCAUUUUGGGCACGUCCCGCCUUUUGAAAUGCAUAUCCCAAAGAGUCUGGCUUACUUCGCCGGGCUGGCGUGUGAAACUGUCACCUGGUUGAUGGGAACAACAACAAAUUUGAGCCGUGGAAGUGUACAAGAUGCAUGUGCUAUUCGAUAUGCUAGUGGUAACAAGGCUAAGGAGAUCUUGGGGUAUAAGGCGCGCAUUGGCAUCGAAGAAGCCAUCCGUUUGAGUUGCGAGGAUUAUGCUUCUCGCCUCGGGGUAAAAUUGCCCAUUCCCAACAGUAGAAGCCACCAAAAACAAUAA